CUCCAACCUACCAAGCCGUAUACUGAUUGCUCGCUCGCUCGCUCGCUGCGUCGCCGCACUUUCUCCACAGAUUUUUCUGCUGCUGUUGCUUCGUCGCCUCGCCCGCGGAUUCCGUACUACUACCGGAGGGUUUGGUUGGUUGAUUUGGUUUGGUUUAGCCAUGGCCGGGAGAGGGAAGGCGAUCGGCUCGGGCGCCGCCAAGAAGGCCAUGUCGCGGAGCUCCAAGGCCGGGCUCCAGUUCCCCGUGGGCAGGAUCGCCCGGUUCUUGAAGGCCGGCAAGUACGCCGAGAGGGUCGGCGCCGGCGCCCCGGUCUACCUCGCCGCCGUCCUCGAGUACCUCGCCGCUGAGGUUCUUGAGCUCGCCGGGAACGCGGCGAGGGACAACAAGAAGACCCGCAUAGUGCCCCGCCACAUCCAGCUCGCCGUCCGCAACGACGAGGAGCUAUCCCGCCUGCUCGGCACGGUCACAAUCGCCAGCGGAGGCGUCAUGCCCAACAUCCACAACCUGCUCCUCCCCAAGAAGGCCGGCGGCAGCGCCAAGGCGGCGGCCGGCGACGAUGACAACUAGAUUCUGACGCUUCCCGGCGAUGGCGGCGGCGGUGGAUGUGGAUGCAGUGGAUGGAUGGAUGAUAUGUUGUGUAGUAGUAGUAGUGUUCUAGGAUGCCUAGGUGUUGCGUUGAUCUCUAGUAGGAUCUGAAUUAGAUGCUUAAUUGUGCUUGUACCGAUGCUAAAACUAAGAAGGUGCACUUGUGUAUGAUGGACAGGGGGAUUAGUUGCUCUGUAAUUCGUUACCUGUGUUCUAUAUAAAAGUAUCAUCCUUUCGAUGAUUUUCUUGAAAUGUUAA